AUGCACCGGCCCGUGACCCCUAACCACCCCAGUCGACGCCUCUCGAGCUCCUCGUCUGCCCAGGAUGGCCAGGCGUACCAGACGGCCUUGAAAGGGGCCUCUCUUGCUUUUCAGAGAACAGGUCCGUCGUCGACGUCGAAUGGCAACGGUGCCGGGAACGCUUCGAGGAACGACAAGGGCGCCUUGAUGGCAGCUACCCACAUCAGUCGCCAGACUACCGGCGGCAGCGUUCAGGAUGGGAAGCACGGUCGCGUAGUCGACAAGAAUGGCACCACUCAGCGAUUAACUCAGACAUUGACCGGGCCAACGCAAACCUCGCAGAACAAUGCCGGGGGUUCGACGCUGAAGCCUCCCGGCAGGCUCAACUUGGCAACCGACCCUCGAGCGACGUCGUUUAUUGCUGCGACCCUGGCUGCGAGUCGGUCGGCCAGCCCCAGUCCGAAUCAGCGACCGCAGGUACGGCCCAGCAACAAUACCCAGCCCGGGGCUGCAAAUGUCAAGCAAAAGAAGAAUAGCCCAGCAAGCUCUGUGACUAGUCUGGACCUGACGACGGACAUCACUUCCAUCCCGCCUACCAAUGCCUUGAUAUCCAUGUUUGAGACGAACAACAGAGGUCACAGUGCCAGUACGAGUGGUGAUCCUACAAAGAAGCCCAAGCUACGACCUACCACACCCUCACGGGGUAUCAGCUCUGAUAAGAAACCAGCAGCACUGCGUUCGCCCUCACCUUCGCGAUUAGCGAGCAAUUCAGCGUCGGGAAAGUCAGAGUCAUUCACGGCAUCAAACACGAACUCCAAGAGUGAUGCGCCAGAAGAGAAUCCAUCAACUCUGGCCAAGAAGAAGAAGAAGCCGCCACCGUUACCUGCUGCAAGUAAGCCGCUACAAAUUAAAGCAGAUAUGGCUGGGGAGCCUAUGCAAGCCAUUGUCAAGAGCAAGCAUCGUGCCAGUACGCCACCUCGAUCUGCGAGCAAGACGGACACUCCUGUUCUAUCACCGCAGCCGCAGAGAGCUGCGUCACAUAAAAUGGUGGAACCUCCACUACCGCCAGAACAACAAACCGAGGUGACUCGCAAACCGCCGCCACCAGCAGUCAGACGGAAACCACAAUCUCAGACCGCACAGCAGAUUGCACAAAUGGUCUUGUCUCAAUCAACUGCACCAAAGCCUCCGUCGCAACCACUCAUCAAGUCAUCUGAUCGGCGCUCCUCGGUGUCUUCUGACGAUACUUUUGUAUCAGCAUCUUCCGUGCAGACCUCGCGGCCACCCUCCCCUCAUAGAGGUCGUUCACCAACCAUGGAGUCUGAGCAACCACCUCAAGUCCUGCUUCGGACCCGGCCUAGAUCCGUUCACACUUUGGCUAGGGAUGCCACAGCUAAGAACCAGAGUCCAGCUCCACCUCCACCGCGACGCAGUCAACAACCCACCAAUAUGACCUUGAACAACUUGACAAACGCCACCAUGGCUGGAAUCGUGGCAUCAUCUCGUUCUCCUCUUCUGGGUAGCGCUGCCCCAUCACCCCGUCCGCCCUCGGUACCGCCGCGGCAAAAUACACCGCUCAUGCGGCAGACUCUCCGCAAGCCGCGAUCGGACUCAUCAGACGAGGAAGAAAAGUGGAAAGCUCGCCACCGAACCAAGCCGCUCCAAAGCAAGAAGAAGCACUCACAUCAUGAGGGUGCACGCAAGCGCUGGCGCGAGGAAAUCACCAUCAGGGAGCGUAGGCGGUACGAAGGCGUAUGGGCCAGUAACCGAGGACAAUUACUGACUCCUUCGCCCGCUGACUCGAACGGAACAACUCCACAGACCAACACCCCGAGCCCUUCCAAUGGAGGCAACGGCGAUGGAGACCUCGUCGUCAAUGUUAUUGUUCGUGAUAUAUGGUCUCGAAGCCGGUUACCUCCCGAGGAGCUGGCCGAGGUCUGGGAUCUUGUAGAUCAGACGGGACGGGGCGCGCUUACCAGGACCGAGUUUGUCGUUGGCAUGUGGCUCAUUGACCAGAGGCUACGAGGAAGGAAGAUACCACAAAAGGUCAUGGACAGUGUCUGGGCCAGCGCCCGGGGCUUGUCGGUCAAGGGCCCCCCUAGAGACAAGCAAAAGGUGAAGCAUCACUAG